UAUGUUACAAAUGGCUUCUUUUUUGGGAGUAUUUUCAGUUGUUAAACUACUUUUUACUAUAGUUUACAAGUUUAUAUUAAUAUCAGUCACAAUAGUGUAAUUAUGUUACUUGGCAGCACUACGCACCAAGUCGGGUAACUUUGUGAGUUGUCGCUAGCAUGGUCGCUAGUCUAAUAUAAAUCCGAGUUGAUGUUUACAUGUUUUACCAUUUACGCGUUCAAGUUUUUUGACCACAAUAUAAUGAAACUUGCAUAGUGAUUUAAUUAAAACAUCUUUAACAACCUAGGAACAAAAUGUCCUCCGAUGAAAGGCAAAAACGUAAACGGUGGAGUGUGCGCGAAACAAAAAGCUUACUAAAAUGCUAUUUAGCUCAUAAAGAUGAAUUUGUUCACCACGGAAAAAAGAGGUUGGCAUAUACACAUGUUUUGGAAGACAUGAUAGCGGAUGGAUUCACAGAUUCAUCGGCAACGGUAAUAACAUUGGAAAACAAAAUACGGAGUUUACAUUCCACAUAUAAAACUGCGAAAGAAAAUGAAGCCAAAACCGGUGUAUCCCCAAACAAUGCUCUAUGCAUGGCAGAAAUGGAAGAAAUUUUUGGAGAUAUGGAUUCCGGUUCAAAUGAUCAUAGACUACAAAUGGGCAUAAACAGUGGAAAUGCGUUUGCAAUGUCACCAACAGAUACCGUUUUUACAGCGCAUAAUGUAUUAAUACCAGAUCUAUCUUAUCCAGAAUUACAUAUUAAAUCAUCACCACCUUCGUCUCCUUCACCACAACUCGAACUUAAAUCGUCACCACCAUCUUCCCCUUCUUCAUAUACUCCUAUGAAAUCACCAACGCAACCAACUCCAUUACCUCAGACACAGUCUGCAUCUGCAUCAUUACCGCAAGUUUCAAAUCGACGUCGUCGCAGGAAAACCGCUCGUGAAAUUUAUUAUGAGCAGAAAUUAAAGAUUAAACAAAAGUUGGCGGAAAAUAAAAUAGAAGAGAGAAGAAGGCUAAAUCAAUCUAUUCUUGAGGUACUUAAGGAUGUUGAGAAAAAAAAAUUAGAGAUGCUGAAGGCGUAUUUAAAGUAGUUAAACUUGUCUAUGUAUUAUAAACCUUUUGGUGAAUGUUUUCUUAUGAGGGUCAAAUUGUUUUGAAAGUUUAAUAAAGAAUAAAACAAAUGUCAUAA